CCACCCUUGCUCUUUUUAAUUCUUUUUCUUCGCUCCCCUAAACUCCUCGUGCGCCUCGCGAGGAGGAGACGACGACGACGACAGGGCCCCGAGGAGAUCGAUCGCGAUCGCCGCCUCCCGCCGUCAUCCAUGUCGACGUCGCGCAGGAGAACCCUCCUCAAGGUCAUCGUCCUCGGCGACAGCGGGGUCGGGAAGACGUCGCUUAUGAACCAAUAUGUUCACAAGAAGUUCAGCCAGCAGUACAAAGCUACAAUUGGUGCAGAUUUCGUCACCAAGGAGGUCCUCAUUGAAGACAGGCUCGUGACUCUGCAGAUCUGGGACACUGCAGGGCAGGAGAGAUUCCAGAGUCUUGGUGUUGCGUUUUACAGAGGGGCAGAUUGUUGUGUGCUCGUCUAUGAUGUUAAUGCUAAUAGGUCAUUUGACACACUCAACACAUGGCAUGAUGAGUUCCUCAACCAAGCUAGCCCGUCAGAUCCCAAAACUUUUCCAUUCAUCUUACUUGGGAACAAGAUUGAUGUAGAUGGAGGGAAAAGCAGAGUGGUUUCUGAGAAGAAAGCAAUGGAGUGGUGUGCUUCCAAAGGCAAUAUUCCUUAUUUUGAAACUUCUGCAAAAGAGGACCGCAAUGUCGACAGUGCGUUCUUGUCUGUUGCUAAGCUUGCCUUAGAGCAUGAGCGUGACCAGGACAUCUACUUCCAGACAGUUGUUGCAGAUCCUGUUCCAGAGGCAGAACAGAGAAGUGGAUGUGCAUGCUAGCAGUUAGUCAUUGCCGUUGCAGGUCUUGCUAACUGAUUGUGAUAUUCUUUUGAAGUGAUGAUGUACACUAAGGUCCUACGCAGCCACUCAAUUCGCUUUCGUAGCCAUUGUAUGAUAGUUAGCUACUAAGUACUGUUUUGGCCCAAGAAUACUGAUGCAGAGUUUUUUUUUCUCCAAUUGGGCAAUAAAAAUGUAGAGGCUGAUAAAUUGGGAUAAUGCCCCUAUGUGCUGUCUAUCACAUGGCCUCAACUAUGUCCUGGCCGUUAUAACUUGUCCUCCGAGGCAUUGAAUUUUUGUUUGAGGCAGUCAUAUUUGAUUUUCCCUGCCAUUGUUUUGAGGGUGUUUUUUCUAGAGUCAGCGCAUUGGAUUGCUGUAAUUCUGGUUGAAAAAUUCAAACGUUACGAAUCUUCUGAUGACUUAUUGUUAA